AUGAAUGAUGAUGGGGAUUGGGUGGAGGGGGAGGCUAUGGGGACUGUUAUAGUUGAUUGUUACAGACGUAUCUUCGCUACGGGUCAGUCUGAAAAUGAUGCAGAAUUUUAUGCAAGUAUUUUGCCCCGGGUGUCACAAGCACAGAAUGAUGACCUGAUACGGCCGUUUGACAAAACAGGGAUCAAGGCUGCGUGGACAGCUAUGUUUCCUGAUAAGGCACCAGGCCCGGAUGGAAUGAACCCGGGCUUUUAUCAGAAUUAUUGGGAUGUGGUGGGUGAGGAUGUGUCAGACUUUAUUGUGAAUUGUCUGAAUACUCGUACUUUUCCAGCUAAUUUGAAUGAUACUGAUAUAGUUUUGAUUCCCAAGAAAAAGAUUUCGGAGUUGGUCUCGCAUCUCCGGCCUAUAGCGCUGAGUAAUGUGAUCUAUAGAAUCAUGGCAAAGAUGAUCUCGGCCAGAAUGAAACCCCUUAUGAAUGAAAUUAUUUCUGAUACGCAAAGCGCAUUUACACCUGGCAGGCUGAUAACUGAUAAUAUUCUGGUUGCUGCGGAAAAGUUCUAUCACUACUACUACAACAGGCACAGUCUCAAGGAAAAAUUCAUGGCUGUAGAGUUGCGAGAGGCAAAAAUUAAGAAAGCUGAGGUGAUUAAACAGUGCUUAACACGGUAUGAAGGAUUAUCUGGCCAAGUAGUCAAUUAUCAUAAAUCAAGCAUCUGUUAUAGUAAGAAUACGAGAGAUGAUGACAGGAAUGAUGUGGCACAUAUCUUAGGUGUGAACCAAGCUCCCAACUAUGGGAAGUAUUUGGGGUUGCCCGCUUUUAUAAGGAGAAAUAAAAAGGCAGCUUUCUCGUAUAUUGAGGACAAGAUCAGGCAAAGGGUUGUAUCCUGGAAUAAGAAACUAUUAUCACAGGCUGGUAAGGAAGUUUUAUUAAAAAGUGUGGCUCAAGCUAUGCCUACUUUUUCGAUGAGCGUUUUCUUAUUACCGAUGGGGAUAUGUACAGCCAUUGAGCGAACCAUGAAUCGUUACUGGUGGGGAUCUGGGAAUGACUGUGGCAUCCAUUGGAAAGCCUGGGAUAAGAUGUGUAUACCAAAGAAGCAUGGGGGUUUGGGAUUCAAGGAGCUACAUGCUUUCAAUUACCUGGCAAUGUUGGGUAAACAAGCAUGGCGGUUACUCACUAAGCCUGAGUCUCUGGUUUCAAAAGUUUAUAAAGCCAGAUAUUAUCCUAAAGGGACUUUUUAUGAUGCAUGUGUGGGGAACAACCCAAGUUUCUGUUGGCUUAUGGCAGCCCAUGAUAUGGUAUGUAGGGGGAUCAGGAGGAGAAUUGGAAACGGGAAUACAACUUUAAUAUGGGACCAUCCAUGGUUGCAGGACCAACAUGAGCCAAAGAUUCACACAGAAAAGCCUGUGCACUUGAAUGGUGCGACUGUUAAGGGAUUAAUGGACCCGGAGACACAGACUUGGGAUCCGGAUAUAUUGACAUAUAUUUUUGACCCCAUUGAUAUACCCCGGAUCUUGAAAAUACCAAUAUCAUCGGACUAUGAUGAUAUGUGGUAUUGGUAUGGGGACCAGGGAGGAAACUAUACAGUAAAGAAUGGGUACAGAGCUAUUAUUGGAGAUUAUAGGCAUACUACGAGCGGUUUUGAUAAUUGGCUAGGCUUAUGGAAACUCAAAAUACCUCCCAAAUGGAAAACUUUCUUAUGGAGAGCAUUGAAUGAUAUUCUCUCCACUACGACACUAACCAAGUUAUCCACGCAGCUGCAAUUCUAUAUUACAUUUGGAGAGCCAGAAAUGGAGCGGUGUGGGAUGCAUGCCUACCACGUCCGCGAAGAGUGA